UUGCAACAUCUGCUAACAAAACCUAUUUUUGGAAAUAAAGUAUGAAUCUCAAUGAACUAGAAAUGCUGAACAAAAGAUCCACAUGAGACAAUAAAAGUGAUCAACUCUAUAUAUUCAUAUCUCCAUAGCCUUCAAAGGCUAUGACUUUAGAGGAAUACAACACACAGGAAGUGUUCCAAACAAAACCUGAUGAUUAAUUGGGGGCUGUCGCUGAAAACCUAUUUUUGGCACAUCCUGACUAUUUUUGGCAACGCUUAUUUUUAGACAAAUUACAAGUAAAAUACUACACAGAAAAUUUAUAUAAAAGGGUAUUCCCUAAGUUUUCCUAUUUGAUUGACCAAAGGAUUACUUUCUUUAAUUUACAACCUGAACAGUUUCUUCAGAAUCAAAUACUAGUCAUGAAUCAUCUUACUAUCUCUUGUAUUAUUCGUGGACUUCAAUCCAUUUUCGUUAUCGUCGUUUUGGGUAUGUCUGCCACUAUUUUAGGCACAACAAAUGGUUUAAGUGGUAGAGUUCCUUUCAAUUUAGCAACAUCUAUUAUUAAUCUUGUCUACUUCGUUUAUAUUUUGGUGGUAUUACCAACCAUUAGUCAUAAUAGAGUGAUCCCAUCUCCAAUUAUUUUUUGUGAAAUCAUUAUGACUUUCCUUUGGGUAGUUGCUUUCGGUUUAGUUGCUGCUGGUUACGGUAGUGCAACUUGUACGAUUUAUACCACUGGUCCUUAUGAUGACGAUGAAACAACUUGUAAAUUGGGUAAGGGUCUUAUUGGAGUUGGUAUAAUUAAUGCACUUUUGUUUUUGGUUAGUACAAAUUUAUUUUACUUCUACACUAUGCGUCCAUUAUUAAUUGUUGCAAAUGUUAGAGAACAUCCACCAAUUAAUUUUAUUUGGGGUGCAAUUUUCCCAGGUCCACCAAGUAGACCAAAUAAUGGUAACCCCAAGAAUGAAGAAAAUGUCAAUUUAUAUAAUCAGAGUAAUAAUAUUGAAAUUCAAAAUAAUAAGUUUCCUUAUAAUUAUAUUCCAGAUACUAAUAUUGAAGAACGUAAAAGUCAGAAUGAACAUCUUGAAUUGGCUAAUGCUAGAAACCAACUUUAGUUUAAGGUUUUAUUAUUGUUCACAGGACGAUAUUUAAUUUAUUUAAUUUAUUUACUGUUUUUAAUCUAGUUGACAGUUUAUAAUCUACAUUUAUGUUAGUUCUCUAUUUAUAUGGUGUUUAACUGAUAUACGUUAAUUAUUUAUUUAUCCUUAUCUC